GGCUGGUGGCUAGACAGGGGCCGCUGGGGGGGAACCGGAGGGGCUGGCCCUUGUGGCCCGGGGCCCAGGCUCGCGGAGGUGGCACCAUGGGCUGCUCCGGGCGCUGCACUGUCGUUCUCUGCACUUUCCAGCUGGUGAGUGGACACCCACCUUCAGAUCGGGGGUCCCAGCACGCCUGUGGGAUCCAGGCGCCAUGCCCCUCCCCAGCCCUGCCCGCUGGUCUGCACCAGCCAAGGCGUUGGCGGGGCAGGGUUCCCUCGCUCUUCUGGGGCCGAGGCCGGUGGGAGUGCACCGCCGCCCUGGAGAGGUCACCGCCGGGAAUGGCAGGUGUUCAGCCUCUGGGCCACCAGUGGGCUCCCGUCCUGGCCGCCUCCAUCCACAUCUUCAUGGCUGUCCUGGGGCUUGUCGUGGUGUGCGCCGUGUGGGUGGUCCUCUGGGUCACCUGGAAUGUCUUCAUUACCUGCUUCUACCUGGAAGGGGGGGGGGGCCUCUCAAAGGACAGUGAACUCCUGACCUUCCACCUGUCCUGGCACUGUUCCUGGGGGUGUGAGCACGGCCCGCUGCCUGCUGGACGGCCAGGCCUGUGCCAGGCAUCAGCUGUGCCCCUGCAGCAUGGCUAUGGGAGGCACAGCACCCUGCAGAUCCCGGUGGUGCUCAUGGGCCUCGUUGAUGCCCGCUACGCGGUCAGCGUUUCCCACGAGGACAGAACGUGUCUUUCAGUUGAUUUCAUUGGUGGAUUUGACCUAUUUCCUCUCUACCAUGUCAAUGAAAAGCCUUCCAACCUCUUGUGCAAGCGGGUGUCCUUAUCAGCUCGGGGCUUGGCCCUCACUCCCUGGAACUCGGUGCCCAGCAGGGUCUACGGAGGUGGGUCUAAGACAGUCCUGUGCCAGGCGGCCGAGGGGGCACCGAGUGGCCUCCUCCCAGGAGGGCGCUGGGGCAGUGCUCGGUCUUGCUGUGGCCGGACACUGCGGUGUCGGUUUCCUACCUGUAUCCAGGGCCCUGCACACCGCGGCCUCAGGGUGGGGGCGCCUGGGCCGCUGGCUCACCUCCUCUCAAGCAGCCUUUGGCAGGUCCCAUGCGUCACCCUGAAAUCUGGGGUCAGGAGAGGCGGCUGGCGGUCCCUCUCCACAGAGAUGCUCGUGCUUCGUCACGCCCAGGCCCUCAGAGACAUUCCUGGCCUUCACACUAUGCCUGUGGCCACCCCCUGGGGACCCGGCCCUCUGAGCAGCCACAGCGCUCCCUCUCUCCCAUGAGUGAAGGCCCAUCUCAGCCAAGGGCCACCAAGGGCAGUGAGUGGUGACGGGGGCCCUGGUUUAGGCCCCUGAGUUCAGGCGGAGCUGGACACGCGGGCUCGGGCUGGACCGGCCUCCGGGGACCUUCCCCCAGCUGCUGGAGCCCGGUGCGCCGUUCCCUGACCCCAGAAUGCAUGGCCCAAACUCUGCGAGCGUUUCUGUGGCCAGAGCCCCUGCCGGAGGCCUGGGAGCCCUCAGGGACUGGGAUGCGGUCCUGUGGCAUCUGGAGUUUUCCAUGCAAGAGCCUUCCUGCCCCGGUGCCAAGGGCUGCUCCUUGGGGGCCUCCUGGCCUCGGCCCACCCCCGCCUUGCCCCCACAGGCCUGCGUAAGUGAGGAAGCACCCGUCCCUCCUGUGUGUGACCUCCAGCCUCGCUGGCCACAGAAGACUGGAGGAGACUCUCCCGGCCCCUUCCCCCCGGGCCAGGUGGCUGGAUACCAGCCAGGGCAGCAGGGCCAGCACCCGGAUGGCCACAGCUUCAAGAGAACUUAUCACUUUCUUUUUCUAAAAAUAAAUCAAGGAAAAGACACAAAAGUCUGCAGCAGCACGGGGAUCUCUGACCUCCGCAGCCUGAACCCUCCCCACCCCCGGGGACCUGGGACGCCAGUGCCGGACCCCUGGAGGCUGCCCACACCACUGCGGGGGGCGCCACAGGGACCUGGAGACAGGAAGGGGUGACCCCACCACGAGG